UCAUCAUCUCCACUAGCUUGCCGUGAUGAAGUGACGAAGUGAACCACCUGCGGACCCGGCAAAAACCGGACCCGUGGAAGCCGUGGAACCCACGGUGACUUUCUGCAUCAUCUGGGCCGAUCGGGACCAUCCCCGUUCCAUGGCGGAUCCGAAAGAGGACUACGAUGCCUGGGAACAGCAACAGAAGGAGGAACGGCGACGGCAAGCGCAGGAGCAGCUGGCAGAGUUCCACGCGCAGCGGCAGCGGGAAUUGGAGGCCCGACGGCAAACGCGUGAGGCGUCUCAAGGGUACCAGGAUCCGCUGCAGCUCAUGUCCAUGAUGAUGCAGGCCGCGGCGGCCGCACCUUCCGCAGCUUCCGCCGCUUCUUCCGCGCCCACGCCCGCGCCAGUGGGCGCUGUGCGCGUGCGGGAGGUGGGUGAAAGCUCCUUCCGGAAAGUGCUUCUACCAGGGGGAAGCAUGUGCCACAGCUUCAGCGAGUUGGAAACGCUGGUGUCAGCGAAGUUUGCCUCGAAGAGGGGCUUGGAUGGACAGGAGAUGGGCCCAAGACCUUUGGUCUUCUUGAUUCGCCUACGAGAUCAGCUGCAGAUCUGCGACGACGAAGAUUUGGUCGAGCUGAAGGACCAGGAGGAGCUGGAGGCCACCUUUGCAUCCGUCACGGCCAGCGGCACGGAGAAAAAAAGAUGCCGAUUGCACGUUUGUCUUGAUCCUGGCAGGAUUGCAGCAAGGCUUCUGCAGUGCGGCCACUCGGGACGUGCCGACACCCGCUUCGACACGGUGAACCAGCGACUCGCGGUCGGCUGUGGCCACACUGCGCAGAUUCAAGACAUGGGUGCAGAAAACUUGGCGCAAACCUUCGUCUUCUCCAACCUGCGCGUCCAGUACUGGGGCGAGCACAUGUCGGAGUACCAGUCGGUGGCCAGCAUCAUGAUCAGCUUCGUCGCGGUGAUCUUCGGAGGACCCUUCGGCAGAUUUAGUGAUGCCGUCGACCGCCGAGCCGGGGGCCCGAGGGGCGUCGUAGAGGGGUCGCGUGGCGUCUACGACGCGCAUGGCAUCGGACAUCGACACGUGGGUGUGGUACUGGCCCGCCACUUGCCUGGUGUGGAAGGGCGUCGGAUGGUGAGCGUCUUCCCACUAGGGACUGCGCCACGUCUCUUUACGCUGGCCAAUCGCAGAGCGUCGAAUGGUGGUCAGAUGAGUAAGGAGGCCUUUGAGGACUUCCUAGCGAGCUUCAUGACCUACAGCGCGGAGACCAACAAGAAGAUCGUCCAGGAGGCCAUGAAGGGCCCGGGCCGCCGUGCUUACGAGGCCGUGAGGCGCGCGUACCGCCCCUCUCCGGAUGUCGUGGAGAAGAUCUUCGCCUCCUAUGGCCGUGGACCCAAGGGUGCCCAGAUCGCCGCGGAGAUCAUGGCACCCUAUGGCCGUGGCCCGUUGGGGCAGAAGGUGGCCAAUGAGGCGUAUCGGAGCAUCCGAAGAUCUCACACAGGCAGAGGCGUGCUGCAAGACAUGGUGGAGUGGCAGGCGAAAAGGGAGUAUGCCGACGAGCUUCUCCUCAAGAUUCAAGCUCGGGUACCUAUCAUUGAGGCAGGCGGCUUGGUGAAGAGAGUGUGGACGACUCCCAUCCCACCUCAUUUGAAGAAGCUCGUGGAGGACGCGGUGGUGCAAGCCUACAAGGAGCAAACCAAGCAACUAACUGCAGCAAACCCCGUAGUCAAAGCAAUAAUAUGA